AUGAAUAUAAUAAAUGAUUCAAUUGUUGUUGUUGAUAGUGGUGGUGGUGGUCGUCGUCAUGGUGUUGUUGUUGGUGGUGGUGGUGCUGGUGGUCGUCAUCCUGGUGUUGUUGUUGCUGGUGUAGGUCGCGGUGAUGAUGGUGGUCGUCGUGGUGAUCCUGUUGUUGUUGUUGUUGGUGGUGGUGUUGUUGCUGAUGAUGAUGAAUAG